CUGCUAACGUUUAACGUUAGACGCUCAACCGUCGGGGAGGGGCGGUUGGUUUUUUUGGAUUCUCUAGCUAGCUGGUCUCAACCGUUCGAAUCGUCACGCGAGCUUCUCCGUCAUUUCUCCGACCGUCGUCGUAACAACCAUUGUUAUUGGAUGAAUUCGGCAUGGAGAAGGUAGCGGAGCCGUCUUGGACUUCUUCGUACACCUACCAGGUGAGCAAGCACAGCGCGGAGAUGCUACACAACCUCAACGCUCAGAGGAAAGAUGGAGGCAGGUUCUGCGACGUGAUCCUGCGCGUCGGCGAGGAGAGCUUCCCCGCGCACAAGGCGGUGCUGGCCGCGUGCAGCGAGUACUUCGAGUCGGUGUUCAGCCGCCAGGCGGAGGCGGACGGGGACGGGGGGGACAGGGAGCUGGAGAUGCACACCAUCAGCGCCAAAGUUUUUAGGGACGUUUUGGACUUCGCCUACACCUCCAGGAUCGUGGUGCGACUGGAGAGCUUCCCCGAGCUGAUGACAGCCGCCAAGUUCCUCCUGAUGCGGUCUGUCAUCGAGAUCUGCCAGGAGGUCAUCAAGCAGUCCAACGUGCAGAUCCUCGUCCCGACCCUCCGGGGAGGCGACGCCAGCCUCUUCCAGGCCGCCGGGGCCACCACCGGGGCCACCGGGGCCACGGAGCAGGGUCUCCCCGCCGCGCAGCUGGUGAACGGCGCGGGGCUGCAGGUGAACGGGCAGGGCUUUGUGAACAAUGCACAGAUGCAUGUGGACGGAGGAGGAGGAGGUGGAGCGGUGGUGGUGUUGCUGGAGGACGGAGGAGACUCGUCCAUGCCGGUGCUGGAGCCCGUCGAGGGGCUGAGCACCGGCUCCCCGUCCGCGGACAUGCUGUGCAGCGCGUUUCAGCACGACGCCUCCAAACGACACCGAGGGAGACCGAAGAAGGCUGUGGAGGCCGUCCACUUCAACAACAACACCACCACCACAAACACCACCCACACAAACACCACCCAGAGAGACAUUGUGCUGUUCCCUUGCGGGACGUGCGGGAAAGCGUUCACGGAGGCGUCCCGGUUGAAGAACCACGAAGCGCAGCACGGAGCCCACACGGCCGAUGUCCACAGCGCCGGGGACGGCUCCGUGAUGUCUCCGGCCGGCCUGCUGGAGAACGGGCUGCAGCCACACGGGGGGCUGACGCUGGACAACGGCCGCAAACGGGAGAGGACCAGGCGGCACGUCGGCUGUGACAUUUGCGGCAAAGUGUUCCGCGACGUUUACCACCUGAACCGACACAAGCUCUCCCACUCCGGGGAGAAGCCGUACGCGUGCCAUGUGUGCGGGCUGCGGUUCAAACGCAAGGACAGGAUGUCGUACCAUGUGCGCUCCCAUGACGGGUCUGUCGGUAAACCCUAUGUGUGCCAAAGCUGUGGCAAAGGGUUUUCAAGACCAGACCACCUGAAUGGACAUAUCAAACAGGUUCACACAACAGAGAGACCCCACAAGUGCCAGAUUUGUAAUGCCUCUUUUGCUACAAGAGAUCGCCUCCGCUCACACCUUGCAUGCCAUGAAGACAAAAUCCCCUGCAAAGUUUGUGGCAAGUUUCUGCGAGCUGCCUACAUGACGGACCACCUCAAGAAACACAGCGAAGGGACGCAUAACUACUGUGGCAUUUGCAACAAAGGUUUCUCCACUGCGUCCUACCUUAAGGUGCAUAUAAAGACACACCAUGGCUCUCCACUGCCCCCCUCUGCCUCAAUGCACACCUUCCCUGAGCCAAGGGGGGAGCUGCAGAUGCACAACGGCACCCCUUACCACAUGGGACGCCAGUGCUCAGUGGAAGACCUGUGUGCCAGUCGCCAGCUGCUUCUCACCUCGUCAGAGGCAGAGUGUCGCUUUCACGGGCUCUCUGGACACACAGUUCUUCCCCAGCCUGGCCCUCCAGCCUUGGGCCUGCAGCCUGAGCUGCUCAUGGGGAAGGCAGGUGGGGCUCCAUAUUUCUGGGAUUGUCGCUCUGGCGGGGUGCCUGGCUUCCCCGUCCAUGGGCCUGCUGCAGAUGGGCAGGAAAGCAUUGGGAAAUGUCCUCAUCUCGAAUCUGAAGAAUCCGAUCCUUCGUUUGGGGAAUUGUCCAACGGGGACGAGCUUAAAUCUCCACACAAACCUGACGGGCCGGAGCUGGAGAUGCCCUCUUUAGCCUGCAACGGAGCCUCUGCAGAGGCCUUGGGCUCCCCAGAGGGAACGAAAGCCAAGACUGAUCCUGAGAAGAAGUUUACCUGUGGUAUCUGCGGUCAGGCCUUUCGCACCAAGUCCUACCUCAACAAGCACCAGCACCGAGUUCACAAAGCCCAGAAGGCCCAGGGGGUUUCAGGGUCGGGCUUAAAUGAGCUGUCCCCCUCCCUUACCUCUCCUUUUUCCCCUCAACAAAACAUGUCCCUUCUCGAGUCUUUUGGCUUUCAGAUAGUCCAGUCUGCUUUUGCCUCUUCACUGGUGGAUGCUGAGGCUGGUCAAAGCGGAAUAGACUUUGGAGGGAAGUGACAUAUCUGCUAAAGUUCUAUCAAAUCCUCUCAUUCUUAGGACAAAGCUGGGUCGCCCACAGAAGAUGCUCUGUAUUUGGGAAUCACUUGGCCUCAAGGCUACUUCUUCUGUUUGUUAUGUCACUUAAUGUGUUUCCAAUAUUUUUGUCAAAGACUGCCAUAGGAUUCCUACUUUUUCUACUUUUACAGAGCAUAAAAAGUGAGUGCAGUGUUUUAGUUUUCUUUAUAAAGAAACGACAUGAAGGUUUUAUUUCCUUUAUUUGAUGUGGAUCUGUUGAAGUUAUGUUUGGUGUUCUUUUCAUUCGUUUUUUGGCUUGUGUCUUUUGAGCUUUUUUUGCUGCACAAACGUUUCUUGACAUGAGAUGAAUUAUUUGCUGCAACCUUUAAAAAAGUAAUUACUUAUUGUCUGUUCGCCCACUUUAACUGCUCUGAUGUACCCGGUAAAUCAACCCUUGGCCGUUUCAAUGAUUUUAAUGCUUCUUAUUCCUCUUCCCUUAAAAGCUGUAAACUGAUGUCUUUAACUCAGAGCAACAAGAGGGCUGACUUCUGUAUUUAUGUUGUUCUCUGCUUCUUUUGAGAAGGAUUUCUUUUCUUUACUUCAAUUUUGAUAGCAGGUUCUAUGAGAAACAUUCCUAACAGGCCCACGGCAUAUUUCAUGACACAUUGUAAACUGUUUUGUCUUGUCCAGGACCUUAAUGAAUAACUAUUGUCAGAAUUACAGCUAAGAAGCACUUUUAAAUCAUGUGUUGAUACUACUUUAAAUAUUAACUGUUGCGGCAUCCACACAAAAACAGAAGAACAAAUUAAGCUAUAUCACAAAAGAAAAUGUGAAUCAAUGCAAAAUGAAUUGUUAGGCCAACUUCAUUAGAUUUAAAUGAUAAAAAGUUGUAUAUACAAAUGAUUUACCUGAGCAGUUGUGAAUCUUGAUCAGGGAGCAGAGUUGGUACACUGACGUAAUAGCUUGAGGGAUUAAUGUUCAGAAUGAAGUAAAUCUUCUGGCAGCUCAUUUGGAUGUGAAAAGUUUUGUAUCAUUUUUGGACUUGACUAUUUGUAAAUUAUUUGUACAAAAGAGAAGUAAGGAGAGGAAAGCCAUUAUAACUUAAAUCAAUGGUGUGUUUGAAAAUGAUCUUUCCCAGGAUCAUAUUUUUUUUUGCCUGUUAGCAUUUGUCUUGAAACAUGCCUUGAACUUGUUAGGAAUGAGAGAC